CUGAUCUCUCUUUCUACUUGUGUGUACAAGCAGUAAAAUGGCGGAGGCCAGUAUUUCAGUCAAUCAAGACCAGUUCAUCUGUCCAGUGUGUCUGGAUCUCCUGAAGGAUCCAGUGACUACCCCGUGUGGACACAGUUUCUGUAAGGUGUGUAUUAAUGACUGCUGGGAUCAGGAGGAUCAGAAGGGGGUCUACAGCUGUCCUCAGUGCAGACACACGUUCACUCCAAGACCUGUUCUACACAGAAACAACAUGCUGGCUGAAGUGGUGGAGAAACUGAACAAAAUUGAAGUCCAAGCUGCUUCUCCUGCUCACUGUUACGCUGGACCUGGAGAUGUUGAGUGUGAUUCUUGCAUUGGGAGAAAACACAAAGCUGUCAAGUCCUGUCUGGUGUGUGUGGCAUCUUACUGUGAAACUCAUCUGAAACCACAUCAUGUGUCUCCAGCUUUUAAGAACCACACAUUAACUGAAGCAUCAGCAAAACUACAAGAGAAGAUCUGCACUGAACAUAACAAGCUGAUUGAGAUCUACUGCCGCACUGACCAGUUCUGCAUCUGUUAUAUGUGUACAAUGGAUAAACAUAAAGAACAUGACACCAUCACAGCCUCAGCAGAAAGGGCUGAGAAACAGACUGAGCUGAAGAAGGAGCAGAUGAAAUUCCAGCAGAGAAUCCAGGAGAAGCAGAAGAAGGUGCAGGAGCUGAAACAGGCUGUGAACAUUAUAAAGCUCAGUGCACAGACAGCAGUAGAUGACAGUGAGAAGAUCUUUACUGAGAUGAUCAGCUCCAUGGAGAAAAAGCGCUCGGAGGUGACGGAGCUGAUCAGAGAUCAGGAGAAGGCUGAACUGAGUCGACCUGAACGACUCCUGGAGCAACUGGAGCAGGAGAUUUCUGAUCUUCAGAGGAGAAUCACUGAGCUGGAGCAGCUUUCACACACACACGAUCACAUCCAUUUCCUCCAGAGUUUCCAGUCUCUCUGUGUCUCUGCUGAACGUCGAUCUCCUACAGAAAUCAGACCAGAUUUUAACACGUCUAGCAUCACUGUCUAUCAACAUCAUUUAGCAGAUGGAAUGAGGAAUUAUUUCUCAGAUCUGAAAAAGAGACUCGAAGAAAUCUAUGAGGAGGAAUUCAACAAAAUCCCAUCACAAGUUCAGUUUUUUCUCUCAGAACCACAGAGCAGAGAUGAAUUUCUGAAAUAUUUUUGUGAUCUGACUCUGGAUCCCAACACGGCACAUCGCAAUCUCAUUCUUUCUGAGACUAACAAAGCAGUGAAGUACAGUCAAAGAGAACAACCGUACUCUGAUCUUCCAGAGAGAUUUGACUCCUGCAUUCAGGUGUUGUGUAAAGAGAGUGUGUGUGGACGCUGUUACUGGGAAGUGGAUUGGAGUAUGGGUGUGAACAUUUCAGUCUCAUAUAAAGACAUCAGCAAAAAAGGAUGGGGCAAUGAAUGUAGGUUUGGAUCCAACAAUCAGUCCUGGAGUCUGCAGUGUUCUUCUUCUUCUUCUUCUUCUUCUCUCUGUUUCUAUCACAAUAACAUUAAAACUGAUCUCAACAUUCCAUCAUCCUCCAGAAUAGGAGUGUAUGUGGAUCACAAUGCAGGAACUCUGUCCUUCUACAGCGUCUCUGAUACGAUGAAGCUCCUCCACAGAGUCCACACCACAUUCACUCAGCCUCUAUACGCUGGGUUUUGGAUCAACUGGUUCUCUGGAUCUACUGUGAGAUUGUGUGAUCCAGAAUAAUUUUUGCAGUGUUUUAGGUCAAACAUCUGUCUUACUAAACACACAAUCCAGCUGCACAAAAAACAGCAUUUUAUUAUUUAAAAGAAAUUUUAAGUAAAAAGCAAAUGUUAUAAAUUAACAGUCAGAGUCAAGAAACGAUUAAAUUGUAAAAGAACAUGAUAUCUCAUGACCUCAGCAUUGUAAACUUCUAUCAGAUUCUUUUAUAUUAUUCGUGUU